UCUAAUAUUCAUGGUCUUCUUAUAAUGCUAAUAUUCGUCCUAUAAAGUCCUAGUACGAAUAUAUAACUCGUAGCUUAUAAUGAAAAUUACCUGUUUAUUAAUUGUGUUAAACACAUCAACUAAACUGAAAAGGACAGUUUUUGAUAUUCGUUAGACAACUCUGCAAUUUAAUGAGAUGAUAAAUAAGUUGAUAAUUCGUGACGAUUACACAGCGUUAUCAGACAUACCACAGUGUAACUACGCGAGGGGCCGGCCGAAAGACGUAAUCUACAUGCCUACUAACAGAUAACAAGAAAAAACAACAGUGAUUUAAUUCUUACUUGAAUAUAAAUCUGCAAUCAUGUCUUAUUUGAAGCAAAUCGUUAGACUUUGUAAAACUUCAAACUUCCAGUAUUCUGUAAGACUGAACCAUGCACAGACAAAGGAAGUACCACAGAGGCUUAUUGAUAAAGUUCUCAUUGCAAAUCGUGGUGAGAUAGCAUGCAGGGUGAUGCGGACUGCCAAGAAGCUUGGCAUUCGGACAGUAGCUGUUUACUCUGAUGCUGAUAAACAUGCUAUGCAUGUUGAGAUGGCAGAUGAAGCAUAUCACAUUGGACCAGCCCCUUCAACACAAAGUUACUUGAAUGCUGAAAAGAUAUUGGAAGUAGCAAAGAGAUCUAAUAGCAAGGCCAUUCACCCAGGCUAUGGCUUCUUGUCGGAAAAUGUGGAGUUCUGUGAAAAAUGCUCUAAGGAGGGUGUUGUCUUCAUUGGACCACCUACUGGUGCUAUCAGGGACAUGGGUAUUAAGAGUACAUCAAAGGCAAUCAUGUCAGCCGCCGGAGUCCCUAUUGUGAAGGGCUAUCAUGGAGAAGAACAGAGCAUUGAGAGACUGCAGGCUGAAGCUCAGAGGAUUGGCUUCCCACUCAUGAUCAAAGCUGUCCGUGGAGGUGGUGGCAAGGGCAUGAGGAUUGCUAUGACAGAAGAAGAAUUCUUACCGCAGUUAGAGUCAGCUAAGAGAGAAUCUCUGAAAUCUUUUGGUGAUGACAACAUGCUUCUAGAACAGUAUAUCACUGAUCCUAGACAUGUUGAAGUGCAGGUAUUUGCCGACAUGCACGGAAAUGUUGUUCACCUUUUUGAGAGAGACUGUUCUGUACAAAGACGUCACCAGAAAAUCAUCGAAGAAGCACCCGCGCCAGGAUUGUCAGAAGAGACCCGCCAGGCGCUGGGUUCGGCGGCGGUGCGCGCGGCGCGGGCGGUGGGGUACGUGGGCGCGGGUACGGUGGAGUUCAUCCUCCACCGCCGCACGCACGAGUUCCACUUCAUGGAGAUGAACACGCGCCUUCAAGUCGAGCAUCCCAUCACUGAGAUGAUUACUGGCACGGAUCUAGUAGAAUGGCAACUCCGCGUAGCGGCAGGGGAGCCGCUACCACUGACGCAAGAGGAGAUCAUCCGUCGUGGACACGCCGUGGAGUGCCGCAUCUACGCUGAAGAACCACGCGCCGGCUUCCUUCCCCGCGCUGGGACAUUACACCGACUGUCACAGCCCACGCCUGAGGCAAACGUGCGGGUGGAGACUGGUGUGCGGGAAGGACAGGAGGUGUCUGUACACUACGACCCCAUGAUCGCCAAGCUAGUUGUAUGGGGCCGCGACCGCAACGAGGCCUUGUCAAAGACGAGAGCCAAACUUACAGAAUACAAGGUGGCAGGCCUAGAAACGAACGUGAACUUCCUGCUGCGCCUGAGUGGCGCACGCGCUUUCGUGUCGGGCGACGUGCACACGGCCUUCAUCCCCGAGCACGAAGCCGAGCUGUUCCCGCCGUCAGACAACGAGCUCGAUGAGCGGCACGCCGUGCAACUUGCGCUCGGAUAUCUGCUCAAUUCCCAAAAAGAGAACUUAUCCGACGACCGUUGGAAGGGAAUCAACGUUGCACCAGGCGCUUGGAGGCCGAACUACCAGCUACGGAAGACUGUCCCUCUCAAAUUCGGCGAGAAAGAUAUCAAAGUAACAGUGGAAUACGCCAGAGCACCGAACGCGUACCGAGUACAGGUCGACAACGGGCCCUGGCACCAAGUGGAAGCAACUUUAAAAGACACGGCACAAGGAGUAACCUUAACCACACUGAUUGGAGACCAGCGCAGCACUGUUGGUCUGCUCACUCACGGUCUAGAAGUACAUGUGUAUGAUGAGAACGGACAAACAGCGGUGGAGUUGCCACGACCGAAGUACCAAACGGCAGGCGACGCGGCAGCGGCUGGUUCUGCCAACAGUGCCAGCUCUCCCACCCCCGGAGUGCUGGAGAGAAUACUCGUCAACACGGGAGACAAGGUGGUGAAAGGCCAGCCCCUAUUCGUAGUAAUAGCGAUGAAGAUGGAAUACGUAGUGCGUUCUCCGAGGGAUGGCGUAGUGGCGACUGUGGCAAGCUUCAAACAAGGAGACCCCGUCGGCAAGGGCGCGCAGAUAGUCUCGCUAGAGGAUAGCUGAAAACUGACUCGCAACUCGCAACUCUUGUGCCGUGGCUGGUCUUACAAUAUUAUAGGUUAGAUAACUUUAUCUUACGAACAAAUUCAUGCCGAACCUGGUAGAUUCAAACGUUAUUUAAUUAUAAUUUGAGAAUGCAAGAAAUAAAGUAACCUUUAUUAUAAAGGGAAACCACAGUAACAAAUAUAAAACAAAACAAGGAAUAACACAUACACUUACAAUUGGUUACUUGACAGUUGUAAAAUACGAAAUAUGUCCGAUAUGAUAGUUUAUCAUUUAACGAUAAUUAUCUAUUUUUUUUUUAUUAAGAUCAUUUUUAAAUAUUUACGUUUUACAAAAUAAGAAUGCGGUUUCUGUGUAUUACAAGACCCGAAUCACGGGCGGUCAUAAUUGAGCUUCGUGUGACGUCAUAUUAUUUCACAAAAUAAACAGUAACUAUCUGUCAGGUUUCAGGUUAUAAAUACUGACACACACAGCUGAGACAGUUUCUUUGUUUGUUGAAAUGUGACGUCACUGAGCAAAAUGUCACAUGACCAAAAGUUAAAAUAAUUGAAGAAAAAGGUUUUUUUUCUUUUAUUUUUUUUUGGAAAUUUACAGCGUCUUAAUAGUAUUAAUAAAACUAAAGUAUAUAAAUUGGAAGGCCAUUACAAACUUCCACAUACAAAUUAUAUAAAGCUUUUUCGAGAUAAUAAAAUAGUUUAAGAGGUAUAAAAAAAAUGAAAAAGGGGGGGGGGGGGGGGUAAAAUAAGUGUCUGUAAUUUCUAAAAUACUUAUCCGAAAACUGUCAAGUAGACAAUUAAAACACGCAACAAAAAAAACUUAAGAGUACAAAUAAAUAAAUAGACAGUAAACAUUUAAGGCAAAUUGUAAUUACUAAUUGUAUGAGUGUAUGGACUGGUCAACAAUGGUGAACAAGAAUGAUCGUUUCUCUUUCUUGUCGCUAGUAAAGGAAACCGAUAUUCUUGGAGCUGGCAAUCUAAACUAAAAUUUAGUUUGUGUCUGCCAAAAUCGGUACCAUUAUUUUUGUUAUAAAAUUAUGUGCGUAGCUCGCGUUAAAUAAUAUCGUAAAUAUCUUUCAUCUGGUACGACUAACGACAUAAAAUAUACAAAACUGGAAAAGUAUUUUCUGACUUUUAUCUAUGAAAUAUUAUGUAAUUAGAUCGUAAUGAGCGACGUUGUUAACGUACAGGCUGACGUGAUAAAAUUAUCGAUCGUUGAAAAAAAAUUGUCGAAAUCAAUAAGUUUGCUUUCUUCCCCUUCAUGCGUGAGGCGUUUGACAGAACGACAUGACUUAUUUGGGUUCACAUAUUAGCACCAAUCGUUAAAACGACAUAAUUAUAUCGUCAGAAUCGAUAAAAUAACCGUGACAAAAUUUUAUCACGUUGCGUAUGUUAUGCCCUACUGGUGUCCGUUCUAUCAAAGGUACCACCAUCACACAAAAUAGCCCUUCAAAACUAAACAAGGUCGAAAUAUGUAUCUAUUUAAUGUAUUUACGGAAGCAAGAUAAAAACGCGCUCAAACUUGCGUCACUCAUAGUUUCGCCGACCUUGCGAUAAAGAAUUGAUCAUUUGAUUUUUAUUCAUUGUUUCUUUACAUCGCUCUGGCCUGGUGUAAGAAAUUGUACGUCGCGACCGCUUCCGUUUUUAUAGGUCUCCAGUCAACCUAGGUUUUAUUUUAGAUCUUUUGUGCUAAGGGCGCCUUGUAAUUAUUGACUUCCGGAUCCUAACAAUUUGUUGAAAUAUACGUACGAUGUAAUGUUAGCAAAAUCAAAUAUCCUGUAUUCAUGCAAUCUAAUCACAUAAGGAAAGAUAACUCUACAGUUAGCUAUGAUGACGAUGGCCUACGCAACUCCCGCGCAUGUAAAUAUAGGUUUAUAAUGUUUAUAUUUGUUAAUUUUAUAAUCUACGUUUUGUUAAUCAAAACUUAUAUUUUAAAACAUGUUAUGUAUCGAAAUGUUGAUUGGUAUAAAAUUUUACGAAAUCAUUAA